AUGACUGCGAAACAGCAGAACGACCCACCCCCCCAACUGUAUACGUCCACGAUAAGCGAUGCCAUAAAUAGGUAUUCGCUUAUGGGGACUGAGGACCUCCAUAGUGGCACUUUCGAACUUUACCGAAAUGCCUCAAAAGAGGACGUCUCCAAUCACAGCGAUUGGACAUUUCUCCAGGAUGACACAUCCGAUGAGGAGGGAGAGUUACAAACGUAUACGUCGAUAGUGCUUGGUGGGAGGAAUAAACCCAUACGCAGGAGGGCCACGGAGGGGGAAUAUUCCCCCUAUGGGCUGAGGGGGAAGAUCAAAGAUUCCCCACAGGAAAGACCCAUGGAUGUCCUCCUAAACAAGCAGGCUGAACAGGAAGAAGACUGGACUAAACGUAUUUUUAAAAUUCUUCUAACCGCGGAGGAGGCAAAUAAAUCCAAGGACUUCCACCACAUAGUGAAAACAAUAGAACAUGAGGAGAUAAAGGAGUUAGUGUUGUAUCAUUCUAAGGUAGUUCUGUCGGAAAUUAGAAAAGUAUAUAAAGUGUUGGGGGGUCUAGUGAACGGUGGUGGCUUGGUGAGAUGCAAAGGACGUUUCGACGUUUUCCCCCGUGAGGAAGAACGAUUGCAUAGGUUAAGAAGCAAAAGGGGGAAACACAAUAAUUUGCGGAUUAAAAAAUGUUACCUAUUGAAUCGGUACUAUAGGAGGCUGUGCAGGAUCUACGAGGAGGAGAAUUCCCUUUUGCGGCGGUUAUGCGUUGGACAUCGGGUUGGUGACGCAAACCAGGUUGGAGCAUUCACGAACGGGCACAACAACAUAACCACGAAGAACCUUCUGCUGAAAUGCGGAAUCACGUACCAAGCCAAAGUAGGGAGAACAUUUCCCGUCCAGAUAAAAUCAAAAUGGAAAUGGAUCCGAGGUGCACUAAAAAGGGCAAGUAAGCCCCGAUUGAAUCUGAACAGGGAUAAUCGCAUUUUCCGUUUUGUUCCCCAUGUGGACAUGCAUAAGAAGCAUCCUGACGGUGAAUCCCUCGAGGAGGAAACAAGUGGACCCAAUGGAGAAACCCAAAACAGCCACGUAGGAACGCCAAAGGUGAGCACAUCGAAGUGUUACGUAUACGAAACGGAGGCGGAAGUGAAGAGUGGCAACGAGAUGGAUACGCCAAAUGGUCAAGAAGUGAACGACUGUGCUGAUGCACCGAUGGAGGAGGAAUGCACAGAAGGGAUUACUGAAGAGGAAAAACCCAGUCAACAAAAUGAUCCCCCUGUCGGUGAAGAAGCAUUAGCAGACGGUGUGAAAGAGUCAAUUGGAGGAGACACCAGUGUAGAUGUAACGGUGAACGAGCAGAGUGAGCAGACAGGUGAAGCACCCCUGGAAGAGAACCCCAAGGAGGAGCUGUACCAUGAGCACGAAAAAAGGGAUAACCAUCUGACGGUAGCAAAUAGUAAGUUGGAACAAAUGGAUGAAUCACAUUUGGUGGAGUCCAAUAUGGACAAGAAAACUAAGUUAAAAAAAAAGAAAAAAGUAGCAGAAAGGGGAGAGAAGGAAGAGAAGAAGAAGAAAAAAAAAAAUUUUAAUCUCCAGCAGACAAAUGUAGUUACUGAGAAGGAAGAGGAUGGAACAGGCGAUCCGCCCGUGGAGAAAAUCUUAGAUAAAGACACAGAAGAGAGGAACGAGGGGGUAGUUCCUUCCCAGGAGGUCUACCACGAUUGCACUCAUUAG